CGUAUAUCCACCUCCUUCCCUCACAUAUCCCCUUGCCUUCAGAUUGAAUACGCUAAAAUGAUCAAGGCAGAGAAGAUCGGUUCCCUACUAUUCUGCCCCUUCUGCGGGACGCUUCUCAACAUUCCUCGAGAUGGCGAACGCGUAGUCGAAUGCGAGCAGUGCGGACAUGAAGAGCCUGCAACUUCGUAUGAAGACAUCGAAAUUACGACAAGGUCACAUCCAGACGCAUUCCCGUCCGCGCUCAGACAGAAGCGGAAAACACAGACAAAACAUCAUGAAACCGGGGAUCAGGGUACUCUGGUCGCGGAGAAAUGUCCAAAUUGCGCUCAUAUGCAAGCGUACUCGAAGGAGAUGCAGCUCCGAAGCGCGGACGAGGGGUCCACGAUUUUCUAUACGUGCGCGUCUUGCAAGCACGGGUGGCGGGUCAACAACUAGAACUGGACCAAGGUCGAU